GGAUUAGGAAAGGACAUGUUGCAUGCUUUAGUAGUAGCUUUAGUGUAAGAAUGCUUGUUAUAUUAUUCACUCAUGAUCUGGCUGAUCAGGCAUUGUCGUUUUAGACUUUGGUUAGUUUUGUUGCAGGUGUGGAAGUGUUUGGAGCUGAAUGCAGAAGGUCGUAGCUGUGCUUGGUGGGGGGAUUGGUGGUCUGUCGGCCUGUCAUCAUCUGAGCAAGAGUCCUAACGUUUCCAAGAUUGUGCUGCUGGAGAGAUCUGGGAGAUGCGGGGGUUGGUUGAGCUCCAUACGGAGGGAUGACGGGGCUGUGUUUGAACAGGGACCACGAGGGGUGCGACCUGCAGGUGCUGUCGGCCGGAACACUUUGAAUAUGGUUUCGGAGUUGGGUCUUGAGUCUGAAAUCCUGCCUGUUACAAAGGAUCAUGUGGCGUCUAAGAACCGCUUCCUGUAUGUGAAGGGACAACUGCACAAGAUGCCAUCAGGACCUGGUGGGGUUGUCCGCACCAUCCCUCCUUUCUCUCGACCCAUAAUUCAGAGCAUUCUGAAGGAGAUACUGAUCAGGAAAGGGACAGAGGAGGAUGAAUCAGUGCAUGCAUUUGUGUCCAGACGACUGGGUUCUGAGAACUGCAUUCCGCAGUAUCAUUUAGGACACUGGAAACGACUUGAAAUGAUGAGGCAAUACAUCAGCAACCACAAUCUGCCCCUUACACUGACGGGAGCUUCCUACGAUGGUGUCUCUGUCAAUGAUGUUAUAUUUAGUGGGCGGACUGCAGCUGAGGGUCUCAUUGGGAAAACAUGACUUACACUAACUUAAUUUUGUCUGCUUUUAUUGAAUAUUUUAGGUUUUGUGAUAUCCAUUUUGUGAUUGCUGGGAAGCAUCUGAAAAAUGCACACUACCAUAUGAACAACAUGCUUUACUUGAACCCAAAAUGGAAUCAAGAGAA